AUGAUUAAUAUAGAAGAAUCAUUCAAAAAGAUUGACCUCGGAUAUCCUUUACAUGAAGGUAGUGAUAAACAUAGAAAUAUAAUUUUAGAGAAUAAUGAAGAAUAUGAUUAUGAUGAGGAGAUAAGUGAUUGUGAAGAUGUUGCAGAUAUUUUUGGUGAUGAGACAUGUGACUUUACAAAAAAAUAUAAUAGUGCAAAAAGCGCUUCUAGAAAUCCUAAUAAACAAGUUUCAACUUCUAAUAAUAACGGUUUUAGAAAAACUUCUGGUGAAGCUUUUAUACAAUUUGACCUUGAUUCAAUAACAAAACAUAAACAUAGAAAAACUAGAGAUCGUGCUGAUCGAGCAACAGUUGAACAAGUUUUAGAUCCUCGUACCCGUCUCAUUAUUUUUCGUCUGGUUCAACGUGGAGUUUUAGAAACAAUUGAGGGAUGUAUUUCAACUGGUAAGGAAGCUAAUGUUUACCAUGCUCUUGAUGAAAAUGGACAAAGUUUUGCUAUUAAAAUAUAUAAAACAGCUAUUUUAACUUUCAAGGAUCGUGAUCGUUAUGUGUCAGGAGAAUUUAGAUACCGUCAUGGUUAUUGUAGACAUAAUCCUCGUAAGAUGGUUGCUACAUGGGCAGAAAAAGAAAUGAGAAAUUUAAUGAGAAUGCAUCAAGCAGGAAUGGCAGUUCCAAAACCUUUAUUAUUAAAGGGUCAUGUAUUAGUUAUGGAUUUUGUUGGUACAGAUGGUUGGCCUGCUCCAUUAUUAAAAAAUGCUGAAUUCAAUGAAGAGGUAGCUAAUAAUUUAUACUUAGAUUGUAUUAAAUAUAUGAGAACAAUGUAUAGAGAUUGUAGACUUGUUCAUGCAGAUUUGUCUGAAUAUAAUAUGCUUGUUCAUGAGGAAAAAUUAUACAUAAUUGAUGUAUCACAAAGUGUAGAACACGACCAUCCACAUUCAUUAGAAUUUCUUAGAUCUGAUAUUGCUAAUGUCACUAAUUUUUUUAGAGAUCGUGGUUCAGCUGUUUUAAGUAUGAAACAACUUUUUGAAUUUAUUGUUGAUCCAACAGUACAAAGUAAUGCUGAUAUUGAAAGAAUCCUUCAACAGCGUAGUCAUGAAAAAAUUGAAGAAGAUAUUUUAUUUAUGAAAGCUUUUAUUCCUCAUAAAUUAGAUUCAUUGAUACAUUAUGAACGUGAUGAUGAAGUUGAAAGAUCUGGAGCUGAAGUUAAUAAUCCAUUUCAAAAAGUUAUCAGUAAAGUUUUAAUGGGAAUAAAGAAUGAGGAGAAAGAGAAGGAAGAAAUUUUAGAAGAUAUUGUUGAAGAGGAAGACAAUGAUGAUGAGGAAAAUUCAUCUGAUGAAUCUAGUCUUGACUCAGAAGAAAGAAGACUUGAAGAAUUGAAAGAACAUCGUAGAAAAUUGCAUUUUAGACCAAAAUCUGAAGAUUUAGAUGCAAAAAAAGAACGUAAGAAAGCUGUUAAAAAUGAAAAAAAAGAAAAAAGAAAAGACAAAAUACCUAAACAUGUUAAAAAAAGACACAAUAAGAAAGCUCAUAAGUAA